GCAUGAUUCACUGUUAAAGGAGAGGUCUGGCUACACUGACUUUAUCACUAAACAGCACUCCAGGAUCAUCAGAGAACAAUGACAAACGCUAGAGGAAUUCAAAUGAUUCUCCCCGUCGUCUUCAACUUUUUCUUCAUUUUGAAGAUCAGCAUAUCUGAAAAUGCAACUUCCGAUGAUGAAUAUUACUCCGAUUUUGAAGAACACGACAAUUCAACCACAGUCGAUUAUGGCAAAUUUGAGCAUCAGUGUCAGAAAGGGGGUGUCCGGAUCUUCAGGGGUUGGUUCCUGCCUGUCAUCUACUCCGUCAUCUGUUUUGUGGGGCUUCUGGGGAACCUGCUGGUAAUGCUCACCUACAUCUACUUCAAGAGGCUCAAAACCAUGACGGACGUCUACCUGCUGAACCUGGCCGCUGCCGACAUCUUGUUCCUCCUCACCCUCCCCUUCUGGGCCACCAGUUUCUCCCGAGGCUGGAUCUUCGGUCUGGUCGCCUGCAAGCUGGUCUACUGCGUCUACAAGGUCAGCUUCUUCAGCGGCAUGCUCCUGCUCAUGUGCAUUAGCGCCGAUCGCUACUUCGCCAUCGCCUGCGCCGCCUCUGCCCACCGCCACCGCUCCAGGGCUGUCUACUUCAGCAAGAUCUCCUGUGUCUGCCUCUGGAGCCUGGCCCUCAUCUUCUCCCUGCCCGACCUGAUGUACAGCAAGCUCCUGGAGGAUGGCAACCUCACCCUAACCUGCGUGGCCAUUUCGGAGGACUCCAUUCACCUGAAGGUGAAGCUCCAAUCCGGGCAGCUGGUGGCUGGCUUCCUCCUCCCCUUACUGGUGAUGCUCUUCUGCUACAUCUUCAUCAUCCAGACCCUGCUCCAGGCUCGCAGCUUUGAGAAGAACAAGGCCAUCAAGGUGGUCUUCGCCGUGGUCCUCGUCUUCAUCGUCUUCCAGCUCCCCUACAACUGGGUCAUGCUGAUGCGGACAAUCGCCCUGGCUAGGGGGAGCAACACGGACUGCACGGCCGAGAAGGAGCUGGACGUGGCCGAGGACGUCACCAAGGGCCUGGCCCUGAUGCGCUGCUGCCUCAACCCCUUCCUGUACGCCUUCAUCGGGGUCAAGUUCCGCAACGACCUCUUGAAGCUCCUCAAGGGGAUCGGGUGCAUGAGCCAGGAGCAGUUCUUCAGGUACACUUCCUGUAAACAGAAGAGGAGCUCUGUCGCCAUGGAAACAACGGAAACCACCACCACAUUCUCUCCGUAAGGUAGUUUCAGGAAAACAAGCAGCCUCCUCAUCCUCCUCCUCCUCCAAACAAACAAACAAACAAACUUGAUGAAAUGCAUGAAGUGUUUACACAGCAAAGGAGGUAGAAGAUGGGAGUUUGAGCAUACAAGUGACAGACAAGAAUAAAUAAAUAUAUUUAAUAUGGAAGUCAUUUCACUAUAGAUAGAUAGAUAGAUAGAUAGAUAUAGCCAUGGCCAAAAGUUUUGCAUCACCUCGAAUUUGAGGAUUGAAACAUCAUUUUACAAAAAAAAACUAUAUGAACAUAAUUUAAAUAUUUUAUUUAACAUCAUGUAAUCAAAGAAAAUACAAAAUGAUAUUGCAAAAGUCUACCAGAAGCCAUAAUAGUAGUACAGUAGUAUUUCAAAAUGUCACAUUUGUGUCUGUUUUUUCAUUAUGUAUAUGGAAAACUACAAAGCGGUAUGUAAUUAACCCUGUUAUGCCUGAAAUAUAUAAAAAAAAUAGCUAGGAAAAAAGUAGCUUUGAACACAUAAUAAAACUAUUUUUCAUUUUUAAUUGCUUUAUAUGGGAAAUGGCAUCAGGCUCAUAUGAGGUCAUCAUGCAUUUGCGUCUUCCAUAUGUCUCCAUACAUACAAAGACUAAAAGAGGUUUUUUUUAAUCCGUCCACAUAUGAGGUCGCCAUGCAUGAAAGGGUUAAAUAUGUUAACGUAACAUUAUUCAGCAGGUUUCAUUCGACUUCAUGACAAAAAAUUAGUUAAUUCUAUAGGGUGAUGCAAAACUUUUGUCCAUAGCUCUAUAUCCAAGGAGAAUCAGUUUCCAAUCAAUCACAAAAAAUGCUUAAUAAAGAAGAAAACUCAUAUCCCCUUUGGUCACAAUUUUUGAUUGACAUUUUUAGACAUUUUAAAAGCUUGUGUGAACUCUAUGGAGUUCGAGAAUGUGCCCUGCCAAAACUUUGCAAAAAACAUGGAUGCAUUAUAAAAUAGAUACAUAGAGAGGAAACUUAACAUGGCACAAUUAUGCAAACAUUAAAUUCAGCAAAUAUACCCCAAUGGUAAUUCGAUUAAAGGUGAAACAACUUCCGUAAUGUCACUUUUUUUGGCAUGACUCCUAUCUUACGAACCUGCGUCCUUUGUGAAAAACUCAAAACUCACCGCUCUCUGUCUGUCUGACCAUUUCAAUUAAGAGAUACUCUCAAGAUAUCUAUUUGGACCUCCCAUAAAACCAUUCUGUUCUGGUGAUCAGAUUUUAAAGAAACCUUGAAAAAAUGUUUCAUAUCUCUAAUUUCAUUUGUGCAACUGAAGUGCAUGACCACUUCAAUCAGGCCAUUGGGAUAAGUGGCCAACUCCUUUUGAAGUCAUUACACCUUCAUUCUUUACUCUAGAGUUUCAAGUCUUUGCAUGUGCAACCUUCGGGGGGAACUUCCAUGGUUUUUUUUUUACAGAGAAAGGGGAGUCAAAGACUUCAACCCAACAGAGACUAACCAUCAAAAAUACAGUAUUGUAAAACAAAUAAGCAUGCCUUCAAGUUAUGUGAAUAGUUUGUUAAUAGCGAUUUUAUGUACAUUGUAUUGCCUUGGUUUUGGUUAGUUUAUACUCUUACAAAGCUCUGCAAUGAUAAGCUGCGCAUGAAUUCCAUUCUGUUCACAUUGUUAACGUUAUAUAAAGUAUUAGUAAGGUGUUUGUUAACUAAUGUUAUUAAGAAUGCUGCUUUAGAUGCUACUAGAAUAUGUUUAUUGCUAUAUACUCUGUGUUGGCCAGUCAUUCUUGUAUGGGAAACAUGAAAAAUAGACAAUUUUAACGCCCAUAGCAGCACCGUUUAUGGCAGAAAAAAAAGAUGCUAAAUUCUGCAAACCUCAAAGCAGGAUAAGAUCAAAAAUUAUCAUUCACAUUUUGUUUUUUUGGUGGGGGUUAUCCGACUAACACAAGGCUUCUUUUUUCCACGCCCAGGAAGUGUUCUCGGUAUUGGAGAACAGAGCAAUAGAGAAGCAGAUGUAAGGUGUAGCCUAUAAAAGGCAGGGCAAGAUUAAGAAGAGAUGACUUGGUAAAUGCAACAUUUUAAACCAAUUGGUUUAUGACAAGACUGGGAUUGUAAUAAAAAGGUACAAGUUAGCACGGCUUGGUGGUCCAGUGGUUAAUGAAAGGGCCUCUUCACCAGAAGGUUCCUGGUUCAAUCCCAGAUCAGCCACAGACUCCCUGUGUGUGAUCCUGAGGAAGUCACUUAGGCUUGUGCACUGUCCUUUGGAUGAGACUGAGGUCCUAUUGUAAGUGACUCAGUUGUGAUGCACAAUUCACCCCCUAGUCUCUGUAAGUCGCUUUCGAUAAAUGCAUCUGGCAAAUGACUAAAUUACUAAUUAAUAACAGCUUGCAGGGAGGGGAUACCAAGACAUUAGAUAUAUACCAAGAACUUAUUUGCAACUGAAUCCUCAAUAUGUUUUCAAAACUCUUUUUUUUGUAUCAAAAAUGUAUUAUUUCUUCAAAUGUAUGUGUCAUUCAUUAACAACAUAAUUUUUCUGUGUAUGUUUCUUUCAUUAAAACAAUAAAUAAAUACAAAUUACCAACCAGGUACAAAGAGAUAAAACUACAGUAAACGGUUUACAAUUUUU